UUUAAUGGUGACUACAAGUUUGAAUUUGUAUAUAGUUUGGGUAGUGUAAUCAUGACCGUUUAUUCAUAUUCAAAUACUUUGUUAACUUUCCCAAAAAGAAAACCCUUCUUUCCUCAUUGAAAACUCCACUAAACAACAUUAAACUUUGCACCUUUUUUCCUUCUCUCUGUCUCUGGUACUUUCAUGGAUUUGAUCAAACUUUACUCUCUUUGCAUUUUCUUCUCCUUUGUCUUGACCAAAGGCGUACUUUCAGCACACAAUGAAUCACCUGCUUCUUCUUCUUCUUCUUCACCAGAUGUUGUGCUUAUCUUGGGAAAGAUCAAAGCUUCAUUGCAAGGUAACUCUGAGAACUUACUCUUAUCUUCAUGGAACACUUCGGUUCCUCUUUGUCAGUGGAGAGGGCUUAAAUGGGUCUUCCCCAAUGGCACUCCUCUUUCUUGCUCUGACCUUUCCUCUCCACAAUGGACCAAUCUCUCUCUUUCCAAGGACCCAUCUUUACACCUUGUUUCACUUCAGCUCCCCUCUGCUAACCUUUCUGGUUCUCUACCUAGGGAGCUUGGGGAGUUCUCUAUGCUCCAAAGUCUUUACCUUAACAUUAACUCACUGAGUGGGACUAUCCCUCUUGAGCUUGGUUACAGCACUUCAUUAUCUGAUGUUGAUUUGAAUGACAACUUGCUCUCUGGGGUUUUAGCUCCCUCCAUUUGGAACUUGUGUGAUAGACUUGUUUCUCUUAAGAUUCAUGGUAAUUCACUAUCUGGGUCUCUCCCUGGACCUGCAUUACCAAAUUCCACUUGUAUUAAUCUCCAGUCCCUUGAUUUUGGUAACAACAAGUUUUUAGGGGAUUUCCCAGAGUUUAUAACUAGGUUUCAAGCUCUUAAAGAGCUUGAUCUUUCAACUAACACGCUUUCAGGUCAAAUUCCACAGAGUUUAGCCACUUUGAAACUUGAAAAAUUAAACCUUUCCCACAAUAACUUCACUGGAAUGUUGCCGGAUUUUGGUGAAAGAAAGUUUGGCCAUGAAGCUUUUGAAGGGAACAAUCCAGGGCUAUGUGGGUUGCCUUUAAAUAGUUGCAGUGGCAGGUCACAACUGAGUCCAGGUGCGAUUGCUGGCAUCGUGAUCGGUCUAAUGACCGGAGUAGUAGUCUUGGCAUCGUUGUUCAUUGGCUAUAUACAAAACAGGAAGAAGAGCAGCGGAGGGGAUAGUGAAGAGGAACUGGAGACGGGUGAGGAAGACGAAAGCAGUGUUGGUGUCGGUGGAAUUACCGGUGAUAGCAAACUAAUUUUGUUCCAAGGCGGUGAGCAUUUGACGCUAGAGGAUGUACUAAAUGCAACUGGUCAAGUCAUGGAGAAGACAAACUAUGGGACUGUGUAUAAGGCAAAGCUUGCUGACGGUGGAAAUAUAGCAUUGAGGUUGCUGAGGGAAGGCAGUUGCAAUGACCGGAGUUCGUGUCUGCCAGUUAUAAGACAGCUGGGGAAGGUUAGACAUGAGAAUUUGGUUCCACUGAGAGCUUUCUAUCAGGGGAAGAGAGGGGAGAAGCUUCUUAUUUAUGACUAUUUUCCAAACAGAAGCCUGCAUAACUUUUUACAUGAAUCAAGAGCAGGAAAGCCGGUUUUGAACUGGGCUCGGCGGCACAAGAUUGUAUUGGGAAUAGCCAAAGGACUAGCACAUCUUCAUACAGGUCUCGAGACACCAAUCACCCACGGGAAUGUUCGGUCCAAAAACGUGCUGGUAGACGACUUCUUUGUGGUCAGGCUUGCUGAUUAUGGACUUGACAGGCUAAUGAUCCCAGCUGUAGCUGAAGAAAUGGUGGCUGUCGCAAAGAGCGAAGGUUACAAGGCACCAGAACUUCAAAGUAUGAAGAAAUGCAACACCAGAACAGAUGUUUAUGCAUUUGGGAUAUUGUUAUUGGAGAUUUUGAUAGGCAAGAAACCUGGGAAAAAUGGGAGAGGCCAGGAUGCAGGGGAUUUGCCUUCGAUAGUGAAAGCAGCAGUAUUGGAAGAGACAACAAUGGAGGUUUUUGACAUAGAAGUGUUGAAAGGUAUCCGAAGUCCAAUGGAAGACGGAUUAGUUCAGGCACUGAAGCUUGCAAUGGGAUGCUGUGCUCCCGUAGCUUCGGUGAGACCCUCCAUGGAUGAAGUUGUGAAGCAGCUGGAAGAGAAUAGGCCCAGGAACAGAUCAGCUCUGUAUAGCCCUACAGAAACAAGGAGUGAAGUUGGCACCCCAUUUUGAGCUUUGUUUGUCUUAGUAUUUUUCAUCAAAUUAUCACCCAUUAA